AUGGCUAAUGAUUAUAUCAUGUAUAGCUACAUUGCACUUGCAUUGAGCAAACCUGCUUUACAAGAUCAAGAACCAAUAUUAUCAGAUAGUUUAUUUACUAAUAAUGGUAUCAAGUGGAGAGAGCCAAAUAAAGGAAAUGAAGAAAUUAAUAAUUCUGUAUUUAAUACUAUAUUAGAAGAUUAUCUAAUUGGUAGUCUGCAAUUAUGCAUUGCACUUGAUAAAUUUGCAGAUCGUUAUGUUGCUGCAAAAUCUAAAUCUAUCCUGAGAUACUUUAUGAUCUUUAAUACCUAA